AAAAAGCUCUCUGAUCUGUUGCAGAUAUGAAAUAUCGAGCUGUUUUGCCCCUUGCUGCUGUAAUUAUUGUCCUCCUAAUCACAUGGGGAAUAUCCAUCAAUUCAUCCGUAGCACAGGAGAGAGAAAGGAAUCCUCUUGCUCCAACUACGUCUGUGCCGAAGUGCAGCCUCUCUAGAGUGUGUCCACCCAACCAUAUUGCUUUACGUAUCAGGAGCGGCGCCGCUGAUAUUGUCGGGCCAACGGUCUGUUUUGAUGGCAAAAUCAUAAUGAGUCAUGCACUGAAUAACGUGGGACCAGGGCUAAACAUUGCAGUGAUAAAUGGUGAAACUGGAGUUGUGGAAAAAUCUGCCUGUCUUAACAUGAAAACAGGAGACCCAAAAGACAUCCUUGCACACCUGAAGAAGAUAAAACGUGGAAUGAUCGUUUUGGUGGCCUCCUUUGAUGAUGUCACACAAAAAAUGACAAAUGAAAUGAGGGAGAUAUUCAGUGAAAUGGGAAGCACUUUGAUCAGGUCUGUAAAGCGCAGAGACAGCUGGGUGUUUGCUGGAAGAGCAGGCACAAAAAUCAAAAGCCUCUUUGAGAAGCAAGCUGUUAAUGAUGAAAAAAACAACAUUUAUGGAGGAUGGCCAGAGAUGGUGGAGGUGGGCGGCUGUUUCCCAAGAGCCUUCAGCGACUGACUGACUGAAUGACUUACAUAAACAUUAAUUAACAUGAACUGUAAAAAGUGACUGCAUUUUUUUAAAUAGCCUUUCAAGAUUUACUGACGCAAAAAACAUACCUGUCUAUAAUUUCAGUAAAAGCACAUAUUAAUAUUUUACCGACAUUAUUAAUCCCGCUUCUGUUUACAGUGUAAAAGAAAGCAACUCACCCACCACUUCAUUUGGUACACCUGUUCAACUCUUUGUCAAUACAAAUAUCUAAUGAGCCAAUCGCAUAGCAGGAAUGCAUUGCAUUUACACAUGCAGACAUGGUAGAGAUCACCUGUGGAUCAUCGGUGAGGAAAGAUGAUUACGUGACUUUGAAGAUGACAUGGUUGUUUGUGCCAGACGGGGGCUGGUCUGUCUAUUUCAGAAACUGCUGAUCUACUGGGAUUUCCAGAGAAUGGUCCAAAAAAGAAAAAUUAUGAAUGGCCAAACUGUUUUGAGCUGAUAGGAGCUCAAAUAACCAUCCAUUAUAGUCAAGAUAUGCACAAAAAUACACAGUGCAUUGAAUCCCGAAACAGAUGGGCUGCAGCAGCAGAUGAAGACCGCACCAGCUGC